AUGGCGGCGUCCUCAUCUGCAGGACGCGCUUUGACUCUUUGCAAACAGUUUCAGAAUUUCUUCAGGAUAUCUUCAGGGUUAACAACAGAGUACUGUGCUGUGAAUCUGACAAAACAUCAGCAUAAUGUUUUCAGGGAAAAGUCUUCACAAGUCACUCCGUCUCGGAUCGCUCCUUUAAACUUUGUGGGUCAGUACCGGUCUGUGCAUACAACCAUCAGCAGGAGAGGACUGGAUGAGUUCUUUGACUCGCCUGAGAACUGGGGAGAGACUUCUGUGAAGUCAGGUGCACCAUGGACUGCCAGACAGCUGAGAACAAAGAGCAACGAGGACUUGCACAAACUGUGGUAUGUGCUGUUGAAGGAGAAGAACAUGCUGAUCACGCUGGAGCAGGAGGCCAAAAGGCAAAGGGUUCCGAUGCCUAGUCCUGAAAGGGUUAAGAAGGUUGGGUUCCUGCUCGCUUACUGGAGAUGUGAUGCAAGCGUGGUGCAGUUUGUGAUAAUUGAGCGGUCGAUGACCAGACUGGAGACGGUGGUGGAAGAGAGAGAGACGGCUCUGCGUCUGCUGCAGACGGGGCAGGAGAAAGGCCGGCCGGGAGCGUGGAGGAGGAACGUAUUCGGAUACGUCUACUGGUAUCGAUUCAAAGAGUAUGCCAUCCCCUGGUACAUGAAUAAAAGAUACAAGCGCAAGAAGUUCUACACGCCCUUAUUUGUCCAACCACACAUGAGGUUACGUGUGGAGAAGUACCUUCGGGAACGGGCCAGGAAAACAAACUUAAAGAAGCGAAGUGUGAUCAAACUGAAGGAGAAGUUCCCUCAGAUGAAAGUUCCCACCCAAUGA